AUGUACGAUGGCGAUGGAGACGAUGCAGCCGUGGCCGAUCGCAUCGGGUCUGCAUAUCGCCUGCACAUCGAUGCCCGUUCAGCUGAAAUGCCAAUGGCUCCAUCUUCAGUCGUUCGUCCGUAUCCGGAGCACUCCGAAGCUGCAAAGUCAACCCGCUUUUAUAUACGGAGUAAGUACGGGUUACGGAUUGAGCGGGAGGGCCGUCUUAAAGGAGACAGACAGGGAGGCAGACGGACGGGCCAGAGAUCCAGACAGACAGCGAGCCUUGCGCAAGUUGCACUCCUACGCGGAUCUCCCGGCGGAUGGUUGCAUGGAGCAACAUCUCGGGGCUGGGUCCAACUGGUAACUCAUACUCCGGCAGAGGGACCAGACCAAGACGCAGGUACGGAGAAUUUAAUCGGUGGCUUAACAGGAGAUUUUGUCUUCAGCGGGAUUCAAGAGAAGAGGAGGAAGAAGAAGAAGGUUAUAAAAAAAGGCACUCCUCAGGCCGUCUUCAAGGUACACAUGUACGAUGACUGA